AUGGAGAUGAGGAAGAAGAACUUAACAAAAUGUGUUGAUUUCUUGAAGAACCCUUGUGUUUGCUUGGAGAAAAUUGGAGCCUUCCUUGGAUUUUUGGAGGUUUUUGGCCAAGAGAUGGAGAGCUUUAAGAAGCCACAGCCGAAAGAGAAAAUGAGGAUUCACUUGUUUGUUGAGGAGUUUUUACCAACAACACAACACAAAGACUAUGACGAUGAUAUUAGAUGUCCAUGUCUGAAAUGCCUAAACUCAAGGUUCCAUCGCGUGAAUACGAUAGAGGGACAUAUCUUUCAAUGGGGUUUUCAAGAAAGUUAUCAAUUGUGGACUUUCCAUGGGGAGGUGGACAAAGCUGUUUUUGAUGAAGUAGUCGAGGAUAAUAAAGAUGUAGAUGAGAUGAUCGACAUCGUUGACAAUUUCAUCUUACCAACAAAUACAGAGGAAACAGAUGAGACAAGUCCUCCAAGCAUACAACAAAGGACAUGGCAUUAUACAGGGAGAUUGAAAGAAGAUGGGGUGCUGCGUCAUCCUAUUAAUGGGGCUGCUUGGAAGGACUUCGAUGCUAGACAUCCAGAGUUUACAAUAGAUGGUAGAAAUGUUCAUUUACUCUUGGCUGCCGAUGGGUUUACUCCAUUUGGCAACAUGAGUCUAUCGUACAGUAUGUGUCCAGUGGUUUUGACCAAUUAUAAUCUACUGCCAUGGUUAUGCAUGAAGGAGGAGUAUUUCAUGUUAACUCUUCUAAUUCCGGGGCCAAAAUCACCUCGUAAGGACAUGGAUAUGAAACACAAUCAGGAUGUGAUGCAUGUCGAGAAGAAUGUAUAUGACAGUCUCCUUGGAACAUUGUUAGACAAUGAUAAGUAUAAGGGCACUAAUAAUGCAAGACAUGAUUUGAAGAAAAUGGGAUGUAGGAAAGAGUUGUGGAUCUACGAAGAUGAGAACAAAAAGCUAUUGAAGUCGCAUGCUCCGACGGAGUUGAUUUUUCCUGUAACAUUCUUUGUUAUAAUGAUCGAUUUGGUGUUGCAUUUGCCUGAAGAAGACCAUGACAGUGACGAUGACGGUUUUAUUAACGAUGAUGAUGAUGAAGGAGGAGCAAGUGAUGAGGAAGAACUGCUUGAAGACAUUAGUGAUGAUUUGAAUAUCAUUAUUGUAGCUUCAAGUAGUGAUGAUAAUGUCACACACUCUCAUGAUGGAGAUGCAGGUGGUGAUCCUCCCCUUGAUCCUACUAGGAUCCCUUCAUCUUGUCAACCAGGCGAAUCUGGAAGCAAUUCCACACCCGGAAGGAGAAAGAAGAAUUCAUCAAUGAGCAUGCGAGAACGAACUUUUCAAUAUCUUCUCCACAUUCAUUUUUCCGACUCGUUAAUGGACGAGAAAGUUGGAGUGGCUCAGUCCGUAAUCAAUAAAUGGGAAUCAAACGACACCGUUUCACUUUUUAACGGCGACCGUCAAGAUGCCAGGCAGUACUUUAAUGCCGUUAAGGAUUUACAGUCGGCCAUGCAGCAUUUCAUUUCUCAGAGUUCAGCGUCGGCGAAGCUCAUCAGGGCACAGUUUCUGAUGGAAACGACCAUGAGAAGGUUCCAGAGAGAGUUUUACCAUAUCUUGUCCUCUAAUCGCCAGUAUUUGGAUCCAGAAUCGGUUUCGAGCCACUCGUCCCGGGCUUCCACCAUUUCGAGCUUCUCGGACUUCGAAGAAGAGUUAAGAAUCACCACUGAAUCGAUUUCAGAAGUGGAGCGGGUAUCGAUGGCGGCCAUGGCGGAUUUGAGGUCAAUUGCGGAUUGUAUGAUCUCGGCUGGUUAUGCGAAGGAGUGUGUGAAGAUUUACACGACAGUACGCAAGCAUAUUAUUGACGAGGGAUUGUACCGUCUCGGAGUGGAGAAGAUGACCGUUUCUCAGAUCCAGAAAAUGGAAUGGAAUGUUAUGGAGCUAAAAAUCAAGAGCUGGCUCAACGCUGUGAAGGUCUCCGUGAAAACAUUGUUCUACGGAGAGAGGAUUCUUUGCGACCACGUCUUCGCCUCUUCGGAAUCGAUAAGAGAGUCAUGGUUUUCCGAGAUUUGUGGAGAAGGUGCCGCAUUGCUGUUUGGUUUCCCAGAAAUUGUAGCAAAAUCCAAGAAAUCUCCCGAGAAAAUGUUUCGCACCUUGGAUUUGUACGAAGCCAUCACCGAUCUAUGGCCCGAGAUCAGUUCCAUCUUCUCCUAUAAGUCAACCUCCGCCAUCCGAUCUCUGGCUUUGACCUCACUCGUCAGGUUAGGCGAAUCAGUACGAACGAUGCUGACUGAUUUCGAAUCGGCAAUACUGAAGGAUUCAUCGAAGAAGCCGGUUCCCGCCGGUGGAAUCCAUCCGCUGACUCGUUACGUUAUGAACUACAUCUCAUUCCUCGGCGAUUAUAGCGAGGUACUAUCCAUCAUUGUCUCCGACUGGCAGUUGCCAGUUCACUCGCCGUUGCCGGAAUCAUACUUCGGGAGCUUGAACACUGAUAACGAAGGCUCGUCAUUGUCGUGCAUGUCCGUACGGAUCGGUUGGCUAAUUUUAGUUCUUCUCUGCAAACUGGACGGGAAAGCCACGCUUUACAAGGAUGUUUCUCUCCCGUAUAUAUUUUUGGCAAACAAUCUCCAGUACGUCAUCGUAAAGGUCCAAAGCUCAAAUCUAAAGCUUCUACUUGGGGAGGAUUGGAUGGCCAAGCACGAAGCCAAGGUGAAACAGUACGUGUUGAACUUCGAACGCGUGGGAUGGAACACGGUGUUCUCAGCUAUACCCGAAGAUCCGACGGCUGAUAUGACGCCGGAGCAAGCUAAGGAGAUCUUCAGGAAAUUAAUCUUCAGUUUCCAAGAAGCUUACUGUAAGCAGACAACGUGGGUUGCACCCGACCCAAAACUACGAUACGAGAUCAAAGCCUCGGUGGCGAAUAAGAUAGUGCCUCCCUACCAGGCAUUCUACGAGAGGCAUCGGAGCGAGUUAAUGAGACUUUGUGGGUCCGAUUCUGUGGUCAGAUAUACACCUGAGAAUGUAGAUAGUUUUCUGUCUGAUCUUUUCUUUGGGGUUGGAAGCGUAGAGAGUUUUCCGUCAUCUUUGACUUCAUCGCCUUCUUAGGCCGUCGUUCCUGGGGAGGAGAGGAUCCGUUUUUGGAGCUUGUGUGUUCGUUUUGUUGUUUGUGAGGAAAUGGAAUAAUUGUAAAGCUAAAUUAAUUACAGCCUAGAAUAUUGGAAUAAUUAUGCGUCCGUUUAGUAAAAAUUUUGUUUUUUAAUUUUUUAAACACGAAAAUAG